AUGCCUAAACAACCGAAGUCGAUUAUUCGGCGCUCGUCAUUGGAAGUAUUACCAGUGGAGAUUCUAAAUCGUAUUUGCAAUGAUGUUGAUGUCUAUUCACUAUUGUGUUCUCUUCGUAACACGUGUCGACGUUUAAGAACAGUUAUAAAGCAAUAUGAAUACAUUAAUCUCGAUUGUCGAUCAUUUUCCAAGCGUCACUUCCAACAUAUUUGUCACGUCAUUGAUCCAAAAAAUGUGCGAUCGCUCUCACUCUCUGGCGAUUGGGAAAAUGGUCGUAUAGUCAAUUUGUUCGUGACAUCCUUUAAAAAGAAAGUAUUCACUCGAAUUCGCCAUGUAACUCUAAUCGAAAUUCAUGAAAAUAAUUUAAGAAAUAUUUUGAAACUUCUCAACUUUCUUUCAUUGGUUUCAUUUUCGCUCAAAUUUUCACAAUCCGAUCGAUAUUCCAACAAUGCAUCAGCAACUCUUCUUUCAUCAAUGUUGACAAGGUCGCAUCUUCGUAGACUUGACUUAGAUCUUCAUCCGGGUCGCAUAGAAGAAAUUGUCUGGUAUGUAAAAUCUCCAAUUGAAUACUUAUCUAUUGGACCAUUGAUGAACAUAAAUGUCAUUUGCGACAUCCUUCAGCACUGUUCUCGUUUAAGAACAUUGAUAUGCAAUUGUGGAACUUCAAAUGAUUCUAAAUUCAGCUUAGACAGGAUGAUACCUACGAGUAAAUUCACCCAAUUAACUUUACUAACAUUGAACCGUUUGGAAUCAGAUAUCAAGGAUCUUGAACUGUUACUUGCAUUGGUGCCAUCAGUGACCUAUCUAAAACUAACUGGCACUGGAAAUUAUUUGAAUGGUAAUCGUUGGAAGAACUUCCUGGAAACAAAUUUGCCUUUACUAACUCAAUUCGAGUUCUUUUUCAAUGAGAUCCUACAUCCGUCUCAAGUGAUUCCAGAUAUCAAUUUAAUUAUUUCGUCGUUUUCGACGAACUUUUGGCUCAAGACAAAGGAAUGGUUCGUCACUUGUGAAUAUAACGUGGAAAAUCCUAAGAAAAUCUUUCUCUAUUCUCUGCCUAUAUGUGUACUUGAUCAAACAUAUGAUUGUGAAUCAGUGAAUAUAUCACUUUCGACGAAAAUCGAAAUAGAUGCUAAUAUUAUUCUAUAA